AUGCAGCCUCGACGGGAAUACCAUAUUGUUGUUUUGGGAGCUGGUGGUGUUGGGAAGAGCUGUCUGACAGCCCAAUUUGUACAAAAUGUUUGGAUUGAGAGCUAUGACCCGACGAUUGAGGAUUCAUAUCGGAAACAAAUAGAGGUCGAUGGUCGACAAUGUAUUUUAGAAAUUCUUGAUACUGCUGGCACAGAACAAUUCACUGCCAUGAGGGAACUAUACAUGAAACAAGGACAAGGCUUCCUCCUCGUCUUCUCCAUUACCAGCAUGUCCUCCCUACACGAACUCUCCGAAAUCCGCGAACAAAUAAUCCGCAUCAAAGACGACGACAAAGUCCCCAUCGUCAUAGUCGGCAAUAAAUCCGAUCUCGAAGAAGACCGCGCUGUUUCACGAGCACGCGCUUUUGCCUUGUCACAAUCAUGGGGCAAUGCGCCAUAUUACGAGACUUCGGCCCGUCGUCGCGCAAAUGUGAAUGAGGUCUUUAUCGAUUUGUGUCGGCAGAUUAUUAGAAAGGAUUUGCAGGCUUCGCAGUUGAGGUCGUUGGAGUUGCAGACGAAGAAACGCGAGAUCACCGCCAGUAGUACGCCGAAGAAACGGGGAGAGCGGAAGUCUCGACGACGAGGGCAGUGUGUGAUUAUUUAG